UUCCUGACAUCUACUGUUCCUGACAUCUACUGUUAGUGGUUGAGGUUUUAACUCCUCUAGGAAGAAAAACGUUUCACUGUGAGGAGGAAUGUCGACAGUCGGAGCCGACGGGGACAGAAAGUCAGACGCAGACAUGGAUGGAGACUCUGGGAAAAUCAGCCCGCUGGUGGGCGAGGACGAGUUCAAAGCGUCCUGCGCCAAAGAGAUGGCCCUUCUCGAUCUGAUGGAGAAGACGGGAUACAACAUGGUGCAGGAGAACGGACAGAGGAAGUACGGUGGACCCCCGCCAGGCUGGGAGGGCCCGCCCCCGCCACGGGGCUGCGAGGUGUUUGUGGGGAAGAUUCCCAGAGACAUGUACGAGGACGAGCUGGUCCUGUUCGAGAGAGCCGGCAGGAUCUACGAGUUCAGGCUGAUGAUGGAGUUCAGCGGAGAGAACCGCGGCUACGCCUUCGUCAUGUACACCAACAGAGAAGCGGCUCAGAGAGCCAUCCAGAUGCUGGACAACUACGAGAUCCGUCUGGGGAAGUUCAUCGGAGUGUGUGUGAGUCUGGACAACUGCCGCCUCUUCAUCGGCUCCAUCCCCAAAGACAAGAAGGAGGAGAUCAUGGAGGAGAUGAAGAAGGUGACGGAGGGGGUGGUGGAGGUGAUCGUGUACCCCAGCUCCACAGAUAAGAGCAGGAACCGAGGUUUUGCCUUCGUGGAGUAUGAAUCCCACAAAGCGGCGGCCAUGGCCCGGAGGAGGCUGAUACCUGGAACCUUCCAGCUGUGGGGUCACUCCAUCCAGGUGGACUGGGCCGAGCCUGAGAAAGACGUGGACGAGGAGGUCAUGCAGCGUGUCAGAGUCCUUUAUGUGCGUAACCUGAUGCCGAGCACCACUGAAGAAACUCUCCAUCAGGAGUUCUCCUGCUUCAAACCGGGCUCUGUGGAGCGAGUCAAGAAGCUCACCGACUAUGCCUUCAUUCACUACCGCUGCCGCGACGACGCCGUCACCGCGAUGAGCCUCAUGAACGGAGCCCUGAUCGAUGGAGCCAGCGUGGAGGUGACGCUGGCCAAGCCGGCCGGGAUCAGAGACGCGGGUAUAGUCGGGAGGAGGUACAACAGCAGGGGAUACCUGGGGAACAACGCAUCAGGAGGAGGGAACGAGAUGUUUGUCCUGCACGGGGGCGACGGAGGCAUGAUGGGAGGAGAUAUGGACGGAUGCUCUCCACUGAGAACAGUGACCCUGCCACCGCGCCUGGGGAGCCCCUUCUACACAGGAGCAGGAGAGGACCUGGACAGGUGUGUGUUUCCCCUGUUUCCUGGCACCCCCCUCUCCCCCACCAGCCUGCUGGCCCUGAAGCAGGGUCAGAUCGGCUCCGCUGUCAGUCUGCUCGACUUUUACUGCCGCAAAAACUACUGGUCGCAGCCGGAGUACCACCUGUACUCCACACCUGGGCAGGACGGAAAGCUGCUGCUCCUGUACAAGGUGGUGAUGCCGUCAACACGAAGCACAUACAUCCCGGACAAGCUGUGUGUGCUGCUGGAUGAUGCCAAAGAGCUUGCUGCACAGACCGCGCUGUGGAACCUGGACUCGUCCAUCCUGAGCGGAGCUUCCUGCGAUUCUCCCAGCAGCCCCUCUCCUCCGCUCGCCGUCCCCCCCUCCGCCACCAGCCCCGGGGUGCUGACCUGCGGCAGCAGAGCCUUCCCCUCUUGCCUCCCUCCUCCUCCCCCGCCCUCCCCCUUCCCCCUCUCAUCUCUGUCGACACUCAGCUCCCCUGCCUCCCAAACACAGAGGCUCUACAUCAGCUCCCAGUCGCCUUUCUACUGACGGAGACCUUUUCUCAUCUGAGAUUCAGCUGUGAGCGGGACGAUCUGAGGACAAGGAGGAGAAAAGGCAGGACAGUCUUUAUUAUGAUUACACCACCAGAUAUUUCCCAACAGUGUUUUUGUAAUGUGCUGCCGCUGGCUGACUUUCAGAGCCUUCAGAGGUUUCGGUGAGACGGACUAACAGAACUGGUCACGUCUUCCAUCUGUUUGUUUCAUUCCUCCCUCUAUUUUAAAUUGUAUCUCAGUCAGAGAUGACGGGGGGAGAGACGGACAAUGUUUAGUUUCUGCUCAGCCGCUUCUCUCUAUCGCCUCUGAUUUAGAAAACUAAACUAAAAGAGAACAAACAGAGACACUGUUUAGAUUUUUUCAAAAGGACAAAUCAAAACGGAUAAAAAGUAAUUUCUCGGCCUCUGUUAAA